UCUGGCAUCCUCGGGCGCUGGCUGGGGGCGCCAGGGCCCCGCAGCCCUGGGGCAGCUGUGUGGAAGCCCCAGCCCCUGACUGCUGCUUCUGCCCCCCGCACGCGCAAGGUGGUCGUGAAAACCAAGACCGAGUACGAGCCGGAUCGCAAGAAAGGCAAGGCGCGGCCCCCCAAGAUAGCGGAGUUCACCGUCAGCAUCAGCGAGGGCGUCACGGAGAGGUUCAAGGUGUCCGUGCUGGUCCUCUUCGCCCUGGCCUUCCUCACCUGCGUGGUCUUCCUGGUGGUCUACAAGGUGUACAAGUAUGACCGGGCCUGCCCCGACGGCUUCGUCCUCAAGAACACCCAGUGCAUCCCCGAGGGGCUGGAGAGCUACUACGCGGAGGACGCCAGCGCGCGGGAGAAGCUGUACACGGUCAUCAGCCACUACAGCGUGGCCGGGCAGAGCGUGGCGCGCGCCGUGUCGCCGUGGGCCUCGGUCCUGUCGGAGGAGAAGCUGUCGGAGCAGGAGACCGAAGCCGCCGAGAAAUCGGCGUAGCGCGACGGGCGAGCGCCGCAGAAUGUGUCACUCGAAGGUAACAAAGGGACGUUGAGGGACGUGUCACUAAUGCAGUUCCUGGUAAUUUAGAGGUCACUCCUUUCUGGUGCACCUGCUUCUGUUUGCUAAUGCUGCUUUGCAAAUACAACCUGCUGCAGACCACGCGCGGGCACAGGGCCAGUGCACGUCGGCACUGCUUGGGGGGCUCUGGCCACGUCUCAUGUCGAGGGAUCUUUAUUUAGCUGCUCUGCUGGGGUUACUGGAUGCUGUCAAAAAUAAAUUUACACUGGACAUAC